UUUCUAGUAGAGCUGAAUCCGUUUCUUUGCCGUCGUUUUCACCGCUGCGGAUGACGUCACUCUGUGUUUCAGCACUUCUGCGCUGUCCAGCCUCUCUAUCUGGACUCAGCAACCGCUAGUGCUCUCUUUUACCGGACAGCGGGUAUACUCCUGACCGCCGCGCGAGACUAACUUUCCUCACAAUCGAUUCGUCACUGCAAACCUAACGAUCUGCGAUAGCGCCACCGAGCGCAUUCUGCUGAGAUCAGGUCCCGGUAGCGCAGCGGCAGUCACGAAGGAGCUGGCUAUGCUGUUUCUCUUGGCUUGAGUUUUUGGGGGGUAGAGUUCUGCUGCGGCGCUGUCCGUGACAUUGCGGUUGGAAGAGCCGCCGGUACACCACAUAGAUGGCGGAGAACGCUGUCAACACCGCUGUCUGUACAACGACAGCAGUCACAAAAGUAAUGACAUCACCUUUAACUCCGGAAAAGAGACCUCAAAGUAAUGGCCAUGCAUCACCAACUUACCAGAAAACCAACCAAGGCAGCCCUUCUAUAAAACACGCUGAAGCUCUGACCCCACCCACUGUCACAGAAAAGAAAACUCAAACCAACGGGCCUGCUUCACCUUCAUGUCAUCCAGCCAAUACCAACUCACAUGCAGGUAAACAAUAUAUGGAGGGCUAUUUGAAGACAGAUGAUAGAAUGAAACUUGCAAAGGAGAGACGUGAGGAGAGGGAGAGGAGUUUGGUUGCACGGGAACAAGCUAUGAAGGAGAAAGAAAGGCGGGCACAGAUGCAGUAUGAGAAGACAGUGGAGGAGCGCUGGAAGAGGCUGGAGGAGCAGAGACAGAAGGAGGAGCUUCGCAGAGCAGCCGUGGAGGAGAAGAGAAGACAGCAGCUAGAGGAGGAGAAGGAGCGUCUGGAAGCUCUAAUGAGGAAAUCACUGGAGCGCAGCUUGCAGCUGGAGAACAGGAAUAAACGCUGGGCAUGGGGACCCAACAGCACUGCUCAAGGUGACUGGGAGAAUGCCCCGCCUCCUCACUCUGCUGCCUCUGCUCUCCCCCAUGACCUCGCUGCCCCCUCUCCUGCUGCCAUCGAAUCAGGCAAUGCCCAUCAUGACCAUCUGAACUCUAUGGACAAAAAACGCCUCCUCACACACACACCCUCCGCACUGGCUCACUGUAACAGUGCUGCAGAGCUGCAUCUGUCCUGUCUAUGCUGCAAAGUGCCCUCCAGUCCUCACAGAGGGUCACCAAGUCGCAGAAGAAACAAUCCUGUGCCAACAGAAGAAUCCAGUGGCGCUCUCACUGCCCCUAACACCCCCAAGAAGGAGAGACUGCGUAGAGAGAGGAGGACUGGUUCUCCGGCCACAGGUUCACCGGUUAGGAGAGCCAAAUCUCCUGCUGAUGUGACCCACCGCUCUGCCUCACCUGCCACACCCAAGUUAUUGCCUAAAAGUCGUACUCAGUCACCCUGUACAGUGCGGCAGUAUACGAAACACAGACCCGCCACACCGGUCAGUGACAGCAACAGGAAGACAGAAGACAAGCAAGCCGAGGAUGUCAAAAGUCAGGAUCCAAAGGAGGGCAGUUCUCUCAAGGCUGAGAUCCAUCAGAACAAGAGCCCUGACAAUGAAAGUUUGGAUAAGACACCAAAAAUGGAGACAACGGUUUCCAUAAAACAACCACAAAAAAAAAAAAAAAAAAAUAUAAAAAAACACAAAAAUGUCAAACAAAAAAAAAAAAGUAGUUUUGAAAAAAACAAAAAAAAAAAGAAUGAAAUGCUGGAGACCCCUGAGAAAAAACAUCCCAAAUCAAACUGUAAUGAUGUGACUGCUAUCAAGUGUGCAGAUCCUUCACCUGUGAACUCUCCUGGCAGGGUGGUUGCUGGAACGACAGAUGCUGAGGAGGCGUCUCGUCUGUUUGCAGAACGCAGGCGUCUGGCCAGAGCGCUGAGGGAACAGGAAGAGAAACAAUGCAGGGAAUCGGAGGAGCAGGAAAAACUGAAGACUGAGCAGCUUAAGAAGAGGCAGCUGGAGGAAAGAACUCAACAAGAAGAGAAGGCUCGUCAAGCUGAGGAAGAGAAAUGUAGGCAAGAGCAAGAACGGAAGAAGAGAGAGCAGGAGGAGAAAAAACAUAAGGAGAAAGAGCUUCAGGCCCUGAUGGAGAAAGAGAAAGAGGAGGCAGAAAUUUGUUCUCAAAAGGAUGCUGAGCGUCAGCAGCAGGAGAGAGAGCUUUUCAAACAGCAGGAGGAACAGGAAAGACAACAACGAAAAAAGAGAAUUGAAGAAAUAAUGAAGAGAACCAGAAAGGGUGACGGCGAGAUGAAGAGAGAGGACAGCCCAGAUCCCUUAUCUCCUGUCUCCCACCCCGUCUCUCCUCCAGUUGGUAACCAUUUGACCUCAAGUUCUGAAGACAAAUCUCAGGCCAACCCCAUUCAGACAACCUCUGUGCAUGGCCAGAUCGACAAACAGGAGAGUCCGGGGAAAAGACCAGAGAAUGGAUGUGCAAAUGAACACAUGCCCGCAAAAAAUCCCUUCUUGAACGGCCAAGUGAAUAUUAACUCUACUGCAGUGAAAACAGAAGAGAAAGGAAAGGCAAGUGAAGAGAAUGCCAAGACUAUUAGACAAGAGAGCGAGCAGGUAAAGACCCAAAGUUUACAAGUGAAGGAAGAGAUAAAGCGAGAAGACACAUCAGCAGCAAAGGUGGCGGUAACCCCACUGAAGAGCUCGCCUGAAAACACAGUAGCAAAUAUUAAGAGUAUUGUGAUGACAGACAGUAAACCCCAAGUUUACACCCAAGUGAAAGCACCUGUAAAUAUUCCCACUCACAACUUACAGGAAACCAACCUGACCAAUGGAAAAAGCCAAACUAUCACUCAGGUGGCCAAACAAGUGGCCAGUAACCAAGUGAAAACACCUGAUCCUGUACAAAUGAAUGGACAGGCCAUAGCUCAGGGACCCAGGAAGGAUAUCACUGUGAAGAAAUCCGACAUCCCCCAUGCCAAUGGACAGGGGAGUUCAAUGGUAACUGUCCCAAAAGCAAAGACUUUCACUCAGGCUGGUGGACAUAUGAUAACACAGGUGAAAUCAAAGGAGGGAGGGAAUGACAUCCCACCCUCUAUCUUGACCCCCUUACCAGAGUCAAAACCCCCUCUGCCUCUUAUUCGUCUGGACACUUUGGAGGGGAAGAGUGGAGCGGCAGAGGACUCUGCAGAUGAAGUGCAGUACAUGGAGGUUAGCCCUGUUUCGAAGGAGGAGUUAAUUUCCGUUCCAGAAUUCUCCCCAGUGACCUCUCCCCAGCAGAAUGAAAUGAAUAACAUUUGUGCUCUAGAGGACCUGUUGGAUCUGACAGGACAAGUAGUAUAUCCCAGACUCUCUCCUGCUGCUAGCUUGGGCGACUGCAACAAGAAUCUAAUAGAAGGGGUCUGUAGCCCUGGAUCCGAUUCUAAACUCAUCCCUCCAUCCUCUGAUAAACACCAUGUACAAUAAGGUAAUGUGGCAGACUACAUUGGUGCAGCUGACUGCAAUGGGAUAACUACUCAUCUCAUUUGACAAAAAAAAGAAAAGAAAAUGGAAACGAAAGGAGAAAACACUGCUAGGCAUUAGUGUGAAAUUUGUCCAUCUAGUUUCAAUAUUGUCCUCAUUAAAAAUGAAUUCCUUUUGCCUUUAAUCUUUACAGCACAAAAACCAAGUGUAUUGAAGCUGUGUUUCAAUUUUAUGGACAGAAUUUAAUUCAAGUGUGAAAUGUUCACUAGACGUGUGUGUUGUGUGUAUGUUUAUAUACGUACAGGAUGGCCAAAAUUGCUGGUUAGCGGGUUUGGACAUGAAGGUAUCUUAUGCCAGAGUUCAACAUUUUUCAAUGACAUCGUCAUCACUGGAUAGAGACAGAACACUAAUUGGUUACUCUUAUAUUUUAAGCAUAAUUGUAUGAAGUAUGAAAUAGUGUGAAAUAAUAACUCUUUGUAGUUAGAAAUACAUGAUAAAAAGGUGUCUUUGCCAGUUGAUUCUCUCUCUCAUUUGUAACAGUAUUAUUAUGAACUGUUUUGUUGAGUAAUUGCUGUGUAUUUUAAGCUCAACUAACAUCUCCUGCAUUGCAUCACUGUAUUGAACCCCUAUUUUGCUAUUACAUGCUUGUACUGCAGGACAUUAGCACAUUAGAGAAAUAUGACCAUCAGUGAAUACAGCAUGUAUAUUAUAAAGAAUUAAAGGUGGUAAGCCCAUUUAAAGCCCUAGUUUACCAGUAAUUAACUAUAUUAAUGUCACUUUUUGUUUCCGGUGUCAUCACUGUGCUUAAUGUAGUUUCAAUCUCAGAAGUUCUUGACAAAUGUAAAC